ACACCGGCCAGAGAGAACACGCCGCCGGCCGGGAGUUCUCGCCGGAGAAGGGGCAGAUCCAGUAACAGCGUGUUACCUUCUUGGUACCCAAGAACCCCUCUCCAGGAUAUCAGUGCUGUUGUGAGGGCCAUUGAAAGGAGAAGAGCACGCUUGGGUGAGAACGAUGGCCAACACACUGAGGGUCAAGUUCCACAGGGCCGGAAUAUCCUUGAUCAAUAUCUGCUAGUGCCAGGUGCUCAACUUGAGCAUGGUGUUCCUGUUACUCCAUAUUCAGCUGUUCGAACCAAGCACUGCCCCCCUCCUUCUGUUGGUAGAGUGCAGAAAAUUAUAAGGGAAGCCACUAACACUCAGACUGCUGAAGGAGAAUUUCUUACACCACAGAAGAAACUAUUGAACUCAAUUGACACGGUUGAGAAAGUGGUGAUGGAAGAACUUCAGAGGCUGAAGAGGACCCCCAGUGCUAAGAAGGCUGAGAGGGAGAAAAGAGUUCGAACUUUGAUGUCAAUGCGAUGAGGGAGCAACAACAUUAGCAUUGGAACAUAGGAGAUUGGACAAGGUUUAACGCAGUUGGGACUUAUCACCUUCUGGUGAUACAAUACAUUUCUGACCCUCUGUUAGACUUAUCACCUUCUGGUGAUACCGUUUUGAUCCUCAGUUAGACGGUUAUCAUCCUCUGGUGAUAUUGCCUACCAUAUGACUCUUAUCAUCUUCUGGUGAUAUUGCCUACCAUAUGACUUUUAUCAUCUUCUGGUGAUAACUUUACUUUGACUUAGCAGAUUUUGUUUUUGUUUUGAAACUUAA